AUGUGUGUGCCGGCUCUGUCUUAUCCCUGCUCCAUCGGGACAACGACGACCCCUUCCGCUACGGGAGCACCUCCGACGACGUCCGAAGGGGCCCCCACUACUCCGCCAGCCCCAUUCGUGUGUCCCGCCAGCGGACGGUAUGCCAACCCGGGCUCGAUAUACUGCAAGUCAUACUAUCUGUGUCUGCUGGAUGCCUACGACAACCUGGUCCCGGUCGAGCUGAGUUGUCCGGCUGGGUCGAUUUUUGCGUACGAAGUAUCGCGGUGCGAACCGGACACCGAGUACGAGUGUUCGGUCAGUAAUGGCAGCAGCACUACGCGCGCCCCGGAGACGACCACCAACCCGGAUGCGCCCUUCGUGUGUACCAAACCGGGAAAGUACCCCAACAAGGACCGACCGGACUGCAAAACGUACAAGUACUGUGUCAACGCACCGGUUGGAUACACCGAGUACACGUUCAGCUGCCCGGGCACCACGCUGUUCGAUGAGGUCUCACUCAUCUGCUCGGCAAUCUACCAGUGUACCCGGGGCGGAUAG